CUGGGGCGCCGGGGCCGCGGGCCUGAGGGAUGAAGAGGGGCCAUGGCCAGCGACGGGGCCAGGAAGCAGUUCUGGAAGCGCAGCAACAGCAAGGUCCCGGGCAGCAUCCAGCACGUGUAUGGCGCCCAGCACCCCCCCUUUGAUCCGCUGCUGCAUGGCACGCUGCUCAGGGCCCCGCCCAAGGCUCCCGCCACGCCGGUCAAGGCCAAGAGAGUCAGCACCUUCCAGGAGUUCGAGAGCAACACCAGCGAUGCCUGGGACGUGGGCGAGGAUGACGACGAGCUCCUGGCCAUGGCGACCGAGAGCCUUAACAGUGAGGUGGUCAUGGAGACGGCCCACCGCGUCCUGCGCAACCACAGCCAGCGGCAGGAGCAGCGGCUGCAGGGGGCCCCUGAGCCGGAGCCCUUGCCUGAGCCCGCGCUGGAGCCCACGCCCCCGGCAGAACCCCCUGCCGCCCCGAGUGGGGACCUGCGGCUGGUGAAGUCGGUCAGCGAGAUCCACGCGACCUGUCCCGCAGAGAGCGCCCAUGGCGCCGCCCCGCUGCACAGGUCCCAGUCGCUCCCGCACUCGGCCACCGUUGCCCUGGGAGGGCCGUCCGACCCCAGCGCCGGCAGCAGCUCAGCAGCGAGCGAGAGAGUGGCCUCUCGGCUGGACAAGUUCAGGCAGCUGCUUGCUGGCCCCAACACGGACCUCGAGGAAUUGCGGAAGUUGAGUUGGUCGGGAAUCCCCAAGCCGGUUCGUCCGAUGACCUGGAAGCUGCUCUCAGGCUACCUCCCCGCCAACGCCGAGCGCAGGCCGGCCACCCUGCAGCGGAAGCAAAGGGAGUACUUCACGUUCGUCGAGCGCUACUACGGCUCUCGCGAUGAUGAGGCGCACCGGGACACGUACCGACAGAUCCACAUAGACAUCCCUCGGAUGAGUCCCGAAGCAUUAAUUCUUCAACCCAAAGUGACGGAGAUUUUCGAAAGGAUAUUAUUUAUCUGGGCCAUCCGUCACCCUGCCAGCGGGUACGUCCAGGGGAUAAAUGACCUUGUCACUCCUUUCUUUGUGGUCUUCAUUUGCGAGCACAUAGAGGACGACGACGUGGACGCUGCCGACGUCUCCCGCGUGCCCGCGGAGGUGCUGCGCAACGUGGAGGCCGACACGUUCUGGUGCAUGAGCAGGCUGCUGGACGGCAUCCAGGACAACUACACCUUUGCCCAACCCGGGAUUCAGAUGAAGGUGAAGAUGCUAGAAGAGCUUGUGAGCCGGAUCGAUGAGCACGUGCACCGGCACCUGGACCAGCACGAGGUGCGCUACCUGCAGUUCGCCUUCCGCUGGAUGAACAACCUGCUGAUGAGGGAGCUGCCCCUCCGCUGCACCGUGCGCCUGUGGGACACCUACCAGGCCGAGCCCGAGGGCUUCUCCCGCUUCCACCUGUACGUCUGCGCCGCCUUCCUCGUGCGCUGGAGGAGAGACAUCCUGCAGGAGAGGGAUUUCCAGGAGCUGCUGCUCUUCCUGCAGAACCUGCCCACGGCCCACUGGGGCGACGAGGACGUCAGCCUGCUGCUGGCCGAGGCCUACCGCCUGAAGUUCGCCUUCGCCGACGCCCCCAAUCACUACAAGAGAUGAGCCGGCCGGAGCGGCUGGGGUCAGCCUGCCGGGAGCUGGCCAGGCGGGGCCCGGAUGGGGUCCAGGGCCUGGCCGGGCGGGCGGCCUGUUUUCCGAGAUACCAAAGAGAGCCAGGGAGGCCCAGCCGUGUGGGCCGAGACGGGUCCCUGGAGAGGCCUUGCCAAAUGACCACCUCCGCCCGCCGGGGCCGAGGGCGCGCCCGCUGGAGAGGCCGCUGCCUGCCGCCGGGCCGCCGGGGCAGCCCCUUGCGCCUGCUUUGCAACGCAAAGUUCUAUUCUGUUGAGUGAAAGAGAAUAAAACACAAACUGAAAUGUGAGGCACAGCCUGACCCCCGACCCCUGCCGUCCGCGGCCCCACGGCCAGUGCCUGUUGCUGGGCCCAAGCGAGGGGCCCUGUCAGGACCGCACCCCCAUGCACCGUGGGGCUCCCCCACAGUGCUGGAGAUGGGGGCUCCCGCCUGCACAGCGGGCGCCUGGCACAGGUGUGUGGCCGGCGGGGACCGGAUGGCCCUCGGGUCAUGGCCACCGCCCUGACCCCUGCUGUUCUCGGGUCUCCUGCCUCGGCUGCCAGAGAGGGAGGAGGGGCUGGGGGGGCACGGCGGGGGUGCCUCUUUUUG